AUGAGUUACUGGCGGCACAAAAAAAGGCUGGUGUCUCUGAGUGCCAGUCAUCAUCCUCAGACAAGACGGGGACCAGUAGCACGACGCAUGCCUGCUCCAGGCCAUGGCAGCAGGGUGGCUCUCUCGACCUCCAUGGACUAUCGAUUUCUAGGAGCUGUUGCACACUUUGGCGAGGAGCGCGACGUACCCGAGAUUGAUCGCCUGCAGCUGCGUCAACUGCCACUUGACUCGAUGGAUGCAAGAUCUGAUGGAACUAUGAAGUGA